AUGUUCUUCAUCGACUCAGACUCCUGUGUGAUCCUCUUUGCACAUCCAAAGCCAGAUAAGAAUAUGUUCAGCAGCAAAACAGCUGUGAUCCGGAGAAGAUCUAAGACUCCUGGAGUAAUGAUCACGCAGUACAUAGUAGACAUACCAGAGGGAAAAAGCACCCCAGAUGUCCAGAGUAAGCCCAUCCCAGUUACUAUCAAGGAAGCUUCAAAGAAUCCAUCAGACUUCAGAAAAUUGCUGCGAAGAAGUAAAGUAGAGGAAAAAGCAGAAGGGGAAACCGAUGAAAGAUUCUGGGACGCGAUGCUGGACGCUGACAGGAAAGACUAUGAGCGCAUCUGUACGGAGUUUGGAGUGGCAGACUUACAUUUGAUUCUCAAGAAACUGGAAGAGAAGAAAAAGACGAGGGUGCAAAACAAGUGUAAGGAUGGUGCGAUUCCUUAUGAUAAGGAGGCAACAGAGAAACUCAGCAUUAAGAGUGCUGGGAGGACAAACGAUUUUAAUAUUAAGGGCCUGAUGCAAAAGGGCAACGGGCUCGAACGGGUGGAUGGAAAGGUCAACCUCCUCGACACAGAGCUGAAUCUGGUGGAUGAAGACGUCACCCUUCUCUCUACCGAGAUUAAACUUUCCAAUGUGGACUUCGUUAUUAAAAUUCAGGAUCUUAAAGCUCCAGAAAGAGACGAUGCCCUCUUUGCGUGUGUCCUGACUCACCCACUACCCAAGAUCACAUGGAUGGGCAAAGGCAGCACCCUGGAGGAUGGAGAGAAAUACAGCAUAACCGUGUCAGACCACAAACUGAUCCAUCGGCUGCUGAUCAGGGACUGCAACCAGCUAGACAAAGGCAUCUAUUCAGCUGUGGCUGGCAUUACAUCCUGCAGUGCCUGGCUGGUUGUUCAAGAUCCUGGGGUUCAUUUCAUCUGUGGUUUGUCUGAUGUCAACGCUUUCAUCAAUGAGACUGCUGAGUUAACAUGUAAGCUCAGCAGUGAAGACUGUGAGGGAGCCUGGUUCAGAGACGGCAAAAAGAUAUCCCCAGAUGACACUUUCAGGGUCACUAAAGAUGGUGCGAUCCAUAAAUUAGUCAUAACCAGGUGCGAGGAAGAGCACUCUGGGAAAUACCGCUUUGAGGUAGACCGACGUAAAACAGAAGCGAUGAUCAACGUCCAAGAUCCCCCAAGGUUUAACCCUGAAGACCUGAGUGCUCUCACUGAGCCAGUGACAGUUAAAGUGGGGCACAACGCCAUCUUCAAACUCCAUUUUGUAGGCCAUGAACCCAUAAAGAUUAAGUGGUACAGAGAGGGAGAAGAGCUCCUGGAAGACAACAAUACAAAGAUAGAGAAAUCUGCAAGUCACAGCCGCUUGCUCUUGAGCAGAUGCCAGAGGAAGGACACUGGAGAGAUCAAGAUUAGGCUCAAGAACGAACAUGGCUGCAUUGAGGCAAUUUCACAGCUAAUUGUGCUUGCUUUUCCUGGCCCGCCAGCACCUCCAAAGGUGGUCAGCGCCUAUAACGAAUGCAUCAACAUUUCCUGGGCUUUACCAAGUAACACGGGAGGUUCACGUAUCCUGGGCUAUAUUUUGGAGAAACGCAAGAAGGGGAGUAAUCUCUGGACCGUUGUCAAUGCCAUGGAUGAAAUAAUAAAGGAGAAGAAUUAUGCAGUAAAAGAUGUUGUGGCAGGAAUGGAAUAUGAAUUCAGAGUCACUGCCAUAAACCUUUCUGGAGUUGGUGAAUUCAGCAACCCCUCAGAGUUUGUAUUUGCACGGGAUCCAAAGAAGCCACCUGGGAAAGUUACAAGCCUAAAGGUGACAGAAACGUCUUACAGCCACUUGGUCCUGACUUGGACCAAACCUGAGGUUAAACCAGGUAUACAGGACGAAGCAAAGGGAUAUUAUGUUGACAUUCGGCCUGCAGAGUGCACUGAAUGGUCCCGCUGUAACAGCACUCUCAUCAUCACGACUUCCUUCACUGUGAAAGGCCUUAAGUCCAUGGACAUGUACUGGGUGAGAGUGAUAGCAACUAAUGAUGGAGGGGAGAGUGCUCCCGAGGAGCUGGCCAACUAUGUCCUCGCGAUGCCCUCACCUGUGAGGCCAAAGUUCACAAACCACAAGAUGAAGAGCUUCAUGGUGGUGAGGGCAGGAAACUCUGUCAGGAUCACAGUGAACUUUGAGGCUUCCCCACGGCCAUAUAUUAUGUGGCUAAAGGACAAUGGGCCAGUGACAAAGCGAAUUACCAUCAGUAACUCUGAUGGCUCAUCCCAGCUGCUAAUCCCCUCCUCUGAGCGCUCUGAUACUGGCAUCUACUCCAUUAUGGUAAAAAAUCUAGCAGGACAGGAAACAUUCAGUACAGAGGUCAGGGUCACAGAUGAUCCAAAGCCUCCUGGACCGGUAGAACUGGAGGAAAAUGUGCCGGGCACAGUGACAGUGACCUGGGAACCUUCCCCUGAUGAGAAGCGCGAUGACCGCCUCCACUACGCAGUGUCCAAACUGGACUCCACCAAACGCACAUGGACCAUAGUGGCUGACAGACUCUUUAAUAACAAGAUCACAGUGUGCAAUAUCAUGCACGGGAGGGAAUAUCUUUUCCGGGUGUAUGCCAAAAACGACAUGGGCAUUUCUGCACCGUCAGAGUCACCAACCUAUGGGACGGAGAAGAAGAAAGGAAAAUUUGUGGUGAGCGUACCGACCAGAAAGGACUGUGAUUUGCGAUGUGCGCCAACCUUCAUUGUACCUUUGAAGCUUCACACUGCACCCAAAGGCUAUGAAUGCUAUAUGAGCUGUGCAGUGAAAGGGAAUCCGAAACCUCGCAUCACGUGGUAUCGAAAUCACAUCAGCCUAAACACCAAUACCAACUAUUACAUCUCUGACACCUGUGGAGUUUGCUCCAUGUUAAUUCUCCGCGUAGGCCCCAAAGACAUGGGGGAGUAUACCAUCACCGCAGAGAACGCCCUCGGACGGGCUGAGUGCUCCACCGUCCUCAGUGUCAGAGAGUGAAGACACAAGGCACCACAAUAUGAGCAGUAUUUAUUUUAAGAUUUAGAUCUAAU